GAGACAUUGUGACCGGAAACGCUGUGACUCAUUUCUCCCGCUCUCUCAAACCCCAAAUCGAUUCCCUCCGCCACUCUAGGUCGAAGAUUUUUCCCGAUGGACAACAAGUCAUCAGAACUGCGUGCUUCUUCUGAAAAGAAACAAGCAGCAGCAACAACAGAUUUGCUGGAUGGUAGUAACACAGAUCCAUUGGGGCGGCGCAAGGCCAAGCGGUUUAGGGUUGAAGCGUUGAGAGAGUUUCCUACUGAUUGUGGCUCAGGUUCCGAACCGAGAACGGUAUCAGUUGAGAGUUGCAAGAAGAUGAAUGUUUCUGGUGAUGAGUGUGUUCCAUAUUCUGAAGCUGCGGUUGAGUUGAUUCCUGGAGAGAACAUGGGAGAGCGACGUCACUUGAAACCCGUUGAUGUCACCACCAAGGGAGCUGAAUCUUCUCAUGGAGUUAACAUGAAUCUGCUGGAGAACACAAGCGGAGUAGAUAUGACUGAGGCGGUGGAGGCCCAGCCUUUGAGCAUUUGCUUGCCAAAAGAAGAUAAAAGUGCGGUGUUGGGUUCUGUUUACAGGCGGAGAAAGAUUACUGCAGCAAGAGACUUCCCUCCAAACACAGGGAGCAAGUUUUCAGUGGAUGGAAAGACCGUGAAGGAUGCUGUUAUAUCGAUGGAAGAGAAGAAGUCGGAUUCUGGAGACAGUUUGGGUCAACAACCACUUGCUGAAAGCAUACCAGUAGAGGUUGAGCUUCCUCCUUCGCGUCCUAGUGGUUCAAGCAGCGAAGGUGUCGCUAGACAGAAAGUUAAGGAAACUCUGCGUCUCUUCUAUGGGCAUUGUAGAAAAAUCCUGCAGGUGGAAGAAGCAAAGGCCAUCAAAAGCAAAGGUGGCAUGUUCAAAGUGGCUACGGAUGCUUCGAAUAUCCUCAAGAGAGAAGGGAAGUAUCUCAACACUGGUACUCGGAUUCUGGGACAUGUCCCUGGUGUUGAGGUUGGCGAUGAGUUUCAGUAUAGAAUCGAGCUGAUGAUUCUUGGUAUGCAUAGACACAGUCAAGGCGGUAUCGACUGUAUGAAAGACGAGAAGAAAGAGCUAGUCGCCACGAGUAUUGUAGCCUCUGGAUGUUACCAAGACGAGCUUGAUAACUCGGAUUCCUUCGUCUACACAGGGCAAGGAGGAAAUGUGAUAAAGAAGGGGAAGAUAAACAAUGAACCCAAAGACCAAAAGCUUGUAAAGGGGAACCUCGCGUUGGCAAACAGUAAAGACAAGAAAACCCCUGUGCGGGUCAUAAGAGGCAACCAAAAGACAGCGAGCUCAUCAGGUGAACCAAAGAAGUACGUUUACGAUGGGUUGUAUCUGGUGGAAGAGUUCUGGAAAGAAAUCGGGUCUCACGGCAAGCUCGUCUUCAAGUACAGAAUGCGGCGUAUUCCUGGACAACCCGAGCUGACCUGGAAAGUGCUGAAGAGAACAAAGAGAUCUAAGGUCAGGGAAGGUCUUUGCUGCGAUGAUAUCUCAGGAGGGAAAGAGAAGUUACCUAUAUGCGCUGUGAACCUAGUAGAUGACGAGAAACCGCCUCAGUUUGUCUACACGGUUAAAAUGAUAUAUCCGGACUGGUGCAGACCAAUUCCUCCCAAGGGUUGCGGCUGCACGAAACGCUGCACAGAGUCAAGAAACUGUGCCUGCGUUGCGAAAAACGGGGGAGAGUUACCGUACAACCACGAUGGAGCCAUUGUUUGUGCAAAGCCUAUGGUCUAUGAGUGUGGCCCAAACUGCAAAUGCCCGCCUAAUUGCUACCUCCGAUCCUCACAGAGAGGGAUCAAGCUCCAGCUGGAGAUAUUCAAAACCGAGUCAAGAGGAUGGGGAGUGAGGUCGCUGGAGUCGAUCCCCAUCGGAAGCUUCAUCUGUGAGUACGCAGGAGAGCUCCUACAGGAGAAUGAAGCUGAGAGACUUGCUGGGAAAGAUGAGUAUCUCUUUGACAUUGGCAACAAGAAGCAAGAGAGUGGCAACAAGGAGCAUGAGACGAACGGGUUCACCAUAGACGCUGCACGGAAAGGGAACAUAGGGAGGUUUAUAAACCAUAGCUGCAUGCCGAAUCUGUACGCACAGGACGUAUUGUACGACCAUGAGGAGGAGAGAAUCCCUCAUGUGAUGCUGUUUGCACAGGACAACAUCCCUCCACUGGUGGAACUCUCGUACCAUUACAAUUACAAGAUCGAUCAGGUGCUCGACGCUGACGGUAAUAUCAGGAAGAAAAACUGCUAUUGUGGUGCCUCCAACUGCACCGGUAGGCUCUACUGAGGAGCUGCUGCUGUUGCCGGUUGUAUUCAGAUUCUUCUUCUUCUUUCAUUGGAUGUUCAGUGGAUAAGUAAUAGUUUUGGAAACCUGAAAAUACAAAAAAGAAACAGUCGGUAUUGAUUGGUCUUUCUCUUAUGGUCAAUUGGUGUUGCGUAGUUUAGUCUGCAUUGUUAUGUACUGCAACUAUUGUUUGUGUGUGUGUGUGUUCCGUUAUCUAGACAUAUGUGCACCGGAAACGACAAAAGUCUUGGGAAAUGCUUUGUCUAAACCGAAUCCAUGACUUUACAAUCUUUCUU